UUUGAGGGAGAUCAGCAGUUUUUUAAAGAGGCACCACACACCGUGCCAACAGUCUCUACCUCUACAUCUAACACUGAACAUUCACUUCUGGUGCCUCAGGAGGAUUCAGCAGUCUUCUCUGACCUUGCGACCACAUUGACCAUGACUGCGCCAACAUCUGUUGAACAAAGAAAACCCAGCAAAAUCCGUAGUAGAACAUCAGAGAAGAUAGCAGUCGCCUCUCAACCUCUCACAAACCCCACCGUUCCAACCAGCACUCCCACAAGCACCAGUCAAAUAACAACUCUCACCACAACAACAAAGAAAGCCUCUGACAAGAAAACUACUUUGCCACCACUGUUUCUGUCAACUUCACCUAAGAAAGAACCACAAAGGCCAGAAGGGAAAACCACAUCAGGAUACUCGUCUGAGACAUAUUCAGCUCACUGCGAUAUGAACUUCACAGAGGCUGAGGGUUAUAUAGAGCUCCCUCUGGAUGUCUCAUUUGAUUCCCACAUGCAUUGCACCUGCCUGGUUACGGUAUAUCUGGGUUAUGGUGUUGAGAUUCAGGUGCUGAACGCGAGUUUGGAUGAUGGAAUGGAGGCGGUUCUGGAGGAUCUGGGUGGACCUGUGACCUCCAUCCUGGCCAACAACUCAGUGUUAUCCAGAGGUCUGGUGAUACGGAGCUCUAGUAACCAGAUCUCAGUACGGUUCAGCAGUGAAUGGCCCGCUCGCCCUGGCUUAUUACUUCUGCGGUAUAGAGCCUUUGCUCUGAGUUGUGUAUCCCCGCUGGCCCCUGAUAAUGGUGAAGUAUCAGUCACUGGUCUUCAGGUUGGGGGCGUGGCCUAUUUCUCCUGUCUGAAUGGCUAUCAGCUCCAGGGCCCCGCCUCCCUCACGUGCCGAAAUGCCACCACUCCCUACUGGAGUGGCAGAGAGCCCAGGUGUCAAGUUGCUUGUGGGGGGACGAUGAGAAAUGCCACUCAGGGUCGUAUUGUCUCUCCGGGGUUUCCUGGAAACUACAGCAACAAUCUGACGUGUCACUGGGUACUGGAGGCCCCUGAGGGCCACCGGCUGCACGUUCACUUUGAGAAAGUGGCACUGGCUGAGGACGAUGACAGGCUCCUCAUAAAGGAUGGGAGUAACAUUGACUCUCCGCCCCUGUAUGAUUCGUAUGCAGUGGAGUAUCUGCCCAUUGAGGGGGUCACCAGCACCAGCAGGCAUCUGUUUGUGGAAUUCACCAGUGAUGAGAUGGGCACAUGCACUGGCGCUGCCAUCCGAUAUGAAGCAUUUUCUCAGGGCAGCUGUUAUGAGCCAUUUGUGAAGUAUGGAAAUUUCUCCACGAGUGAUCCUGCGUUUGGAGUUGGUUCUGUGGUGGAGUUCACCUGUGAGCCGGGUUACACACUGGAGCAGGGCGCUGUUAUUUUAGAGUGCGUAAAUGAUGAAAAUCCACAAUGGAAUGAGACGGAACCAGCAUGCCGAGCGGUGUGCAGUGGAGAAAUAACAGAUUCAGCAGGUGUGGUGCUUUCUCCGAACUGGCCUGAAGCGUACGACAAGGGUCAGGAUUGUAUCUGGGGUCUACAUGUGGAGGAGGACAAGAGAUUUAUGCUGGAUGUCCAGGUUCUUCGUCUGGGGAAGAAUGACCUGCUGACCUUUUAUGAUGGUGAUGACCUCACAGCCAACAUCCUGGGCCAGUACAGUGGUUUCCUCCCUCGAUUCAGACUCUACACCUCUUCGGCUGAUGUGACCAUCCAGUUUCAAUCUGAUCCAGCAUCCAAUGUCUAUGGAUACAACAAUGGCUUUGUAGUGCAUUUCUUUGAAGUGCCACGUAACGACACAUGCGCAGAGCUGCCAGAAAUCCUUAAUGGCUGGAAGAGCACAUCUCAUCCUGACAUGACCCAUGGAACCGUUAUUACCUACCAGUGUUACCCAGGCUUCCAUCUGCAGGGCUCAGAGAUCCUGAUGUGCCAGUGGGAUCUGACAUGGAGUGGAGAUGUACCCCUCUGUGAGAAAAUUAUGUCAUGUGUGGAUCCGGGAUUAGUGGACAACAGCCGCAGACUGGUGACCGGCUCUCGUUACGCAGUGGGAUCGUCUGUGGAGUACAUCUGCAACAAAGGAUACUCACUUUCUGGCCCUGGAGUGCUCACUUGUUACAGCAGAGAAACUGCAGACCCAAAGUGGAGUGAAAAAUUGCCAAAAUGUGUCCCUGAAAGAUAUGAACCCUGCAGUAACCCUGGCGCCCCCUCCACGGCCAUCCAGAGUUCAGAGAAAGCUUUCUUCCAGGCAGGAGAGACUCUGAGCUUCAACUGUCGUGCAGGUUAUGUGCUUCAGGGUGAAGCCACUAUCCACUGCAUCCCGGGACAUCCCUCUCAAUGGAGCAGUGCGCCCCCUAUGUGCACAGCUUCUUCAAGAAACAUUGAGGAACACAGGCUGAACGCUGCCGAUUCAGAGUUUGAUGUGGAGGGCGUCAACAUUGCCAUCGCGGUUCUGAUUCCCGUUGCAGUGGUGCUGAUGCUCCUCUUGGUCUUUUUCCUCUGCAUUUCAAUAGCUCAAAGCAAGACCCUUCAGCUCCCCGGGUCGUCUUCUCCACCGUAUGACAACAUGACAGAAGAAUCUGCGUUUGACAACCCCGUGUAUGAGACGGGAGAUGCAAGGCAAUACGAGGUGUGUAUGUAAAAUCCAUCAGUCUUUUAUUUGGCAUCUCUCCUAUUUUUUUUUCCGCUGGGCUCCUGUAAAUGUUUUUUUUCCCCUCUCUAAGACUUCUGCCAGCACAUUAAAGAUGGUGGACAAUAGGGUGUAAUUUCUGUAGCACAUAAGAGCCUGAGGUUUGUGUUGUACUUUUUUAUUUGUCUGGUAAAACAUCCCAAGGCUCACACCUUGAGGUUGGACUAUUUCAGAGUGCACCAAGAGGGUUCUUGGUUUCGCAUUGAGGAACCACAGAGAUGGGAACUGUUUUCUCCCACGUGCAGCAAACCUAUGAAACUCAGUUGGGAGAGUGUCAGUGGGGCUUCAGUUGCACUGGUGAUGGUGAUAAAGCCAUUUCUCUAUGUAUAACAUGCUGUCGCUGCAUGGGGGCUUAUUUGCAGAACACUUUGUAAAUAAACUGUACAAAAAUAUA